GAGUUGCAGCAAUAUCAAGGCGGGCGCAUUUUUACGUCUCUGAUUGGUGGCAGGCUCUCAGUUUGCUUAGCCAGUGUCAGCGGUCAAAUAUUAUCAGCAUAUAUAUCUGGCUAUUCCUCUUAGUGACAACAACGUGAUUUUUAAGCAGUUGUUACUUGUCACUAUUGUCGUUGAUUGAAAGAAUCUUACAUCCUACCCCUGAUUCGAGAUAUAGUAGCUCAUCGUCGUACGGCCUAUACUAUAUCAGCAGACAUGGCUAGUAAGGCACGUAAGAUUCCCUCAGAGAAUUGGGAGCUCCACAAGGAGACUAUUCUGAGCCUUUACCUUACUUCUGACCUCUCUGGGGAUGAAUUGGUUCAGACCAUGGAAAAGGACUAUGGGUUUGUUGCUACUAUAUCACAAUUCGAAGCUCAACUACGAGUUUGGGACGCUCGUAAGAAUAUAAAGAAGGACCAAUGGGAAGUGAUCUUGCCAAAGAUUGACAGUCUAUCUUCUCGCGGUAUCCAAGCCAGAGUGAUGAUGGCAGGUCACCCUGUUCCAAUAGACAGAAUCCAUCGAGCCAAACGCUACUUCAAGGGUGAUCACCAUCCUCGGAAGCGACGCCGGGUUGAAGAGCGCUCGAACCAGGCGAUAAAUAGUGUCGGCGGAGGGGUUGCCAUCGAAGUUCAGGACUUCGACGGCAACUGGACUCCAUAUACAGAUGUAGCUGGUGGAGAUACUCCCUCCCAACAACAACCGUCGGGUAUCAAUGAAAUACUGGAGUCCGCUGAGCAGGAGGUUCAAGUCGAAAACUGCUCUACUCAAGUUGUCCCAUACCCCGACGCCAUCGAGUCCCCGACACUUCCAAAUACGCUUCUGGGACUAUCAUCGUCUUAUACUAUGAAUCUCAUUACCUGCGAUCAGUUCAUAAAUGUCGAAGAUCAAAGAUUUGCGCAGACUUUAAGUUUUCAAGGCCAAGUUGCACAGUCGCCGAUGCGCUUUGAGCCCGACGUUAACAUUGCGGGCCCAGCCUUGGAGUUCGAGUUGACCCAAUUUUCUCUUUGGUCAAUGUUUUUAGAGGGUUUGCCUUUUGAACGAUUUGAGCGUGGCGUAUUGUCGAAAAGUCUUCAGCUUAUGCACUCUCCACCCGACUGCCGAUUACUACCCGGGGCUGGGAACCGGGCGAUGACGUUUCUCUUCGAGGCCGUCACUGCUAUGACAAGUGCCAAUGGGAAGUCUUUCAACGCAAACGCUGCCCGUGCCAGACUUACCUUACAAACUUUGGACACACUUCUUCCAAACCACCAGCCGGAUUAUGGAAAUAAUGAAGCGACCAGCCUCUCACAGCAAAGGCCCGAGGUUGAAAUUUGUCGGGUACUUCUAUUUUCGGCUGCGAAUGGGUUCACUGGUAUGAACGACAUACCACUCGAAGUCGUACCUAAAUUCCUUGACCAGAAUAGCAACGUUGCCAAGCUAUUGCCACGCCUAUUCCAAGAUAAGCCAAAUCACGUUAUAAAGGCUCUUGCGGAAAAUCUAUUUCGUACGUGGAUAGAAUCUGGAGAUUAUAUGGCAAUCAGACUCGUCCUCAAAACAGGCAUACUAGACGUCAACAAAAUAUGCUGCUUCGUUGAAGGCAAAAGGUAUACGCCCCUUGAGCGCCUCGCUGAGCUUCAGCAUCUACGAGCAAUUCACGAGUUGCUCCAAUUCAAAGCUGAUGCAAACCGAACAUUUUCUGAUGCAGACCGAAUAAUCUCCAAUCAUUUCGGCAGGGGGCCCCUGAAAUAUUUGAUAGAGGAACUUAUCCCUGAAAGUGGUCGUUAUCAUAGUGCUUUCUCCCAAGACUGGCUCGAUACGGUGGAUGCCUUAAUCCGGGCGGGGGCGGAAGUGCACGUAUGGUUCGUGAAUAGUGCGCUCCGUAAGUUUGUUCAAAUGGACCUUGCUAAGAAGCUCUUAUAUGCGCUCAAACCAGCGCAGCAUUCCGAAUUUAUAUCCAAAACAUACUACCAUAACCCAUCACACGGUUUAAGCUUAGUCGCACAAUCUUUUACGGAUAAAGAGACCAAAAAAGCAUUCGCCAAGAUACUAUUUGACGACUGCGAGAAGACUGGCUGCAAACAAUUUUUAAGCCGUUACUCAAAGGAAAUAAAUAUGGCACUCUGCACUGGUGCCAAACGUGGCCACAUCCAACUUAUGCGGUCCUAUUUCCAAUAUGCGAAUGAUCCCGCUGCAGUACUCGUUGCAGCAAUCGAAAGUGGUCAUGACGAACUUGUCGCAUUCCUUCUUACUCAAAACUCGAGCGUGCAUCCUACUUCUGAGAAUCAUUCUGGGAAAACACCACUAUCUAGCGCAAUAGAAUCAGGAAACUCUGCUCUAGUGAGAGAGCUUGAAAUUAGGGGCGCCUUAGAGCACCUUGACGACGGAGGUAGACAUGAGUUUUCUGCCGCGCUUUCUGCUGCUGCUAGUAUAGGAGAUUUCGAGUACAUGAAGAAGCUCUUGGCCCUCUAUCCCGAAUUUAAAAACUGCGACAUAGUGUCGGCAUUAAAGCAUGCGCGCAGAGAUGACCGAGAUGACAUCGUGCAAUUCUUACUCGAUGCAGGAGUCGGCCAUUUGGGUAGGGACGCAUCUGAAACAAUCUCGGAACUUUUCAUUCGAGCGUACGGCAAUAAGUCGCUUUUGUCUGACUUAAUUUCUGCCUACCCAGACUUCAAGAUAGACAACAUUAGGGAAUGCGAUUUACUUAGAAAAGAUGUGGAGUCGGGGAAUAUGGACAUGCUUAAUUUCUUUACUCAGUCUAGAAUUCUCAGUAGAGAGUUCUUGACUCAAUGCCUACCAAUCGCAGUUGAGCAGCGCAACAGUAUGAUGGUUCGUCGUUUACUCGAAUUAGGAGUGGAUAUAUUCGACGAUGGUAUCGAAUGUGAUUUAUUCACAACCCCGCAUAUGGAUAUGCUACAGAUCUUGCUUCAGCAUGCUUCAUCAAUGGAGAUUUGGAUCCCUUUCUUUGGAACGUGGGCUCUCAUGUGUGCUAUUGAAGCAAACGCCAAUAGUACCGAGGUCUUAGACUUAUUCAUUAACUGCAGAGCCGUUGACUUUAAGUCCACAGUUCCGUAUGGGGAGCCCGAAGAAAACAGGUGGUCCCCUCUCGGAUUAGCCAUUGCGACAGAAGCAGAGAGUUGUCCACCAGGCUUCCCAUUGACCAAACGACUCCUUGACGCAGGAUGCGAUAUCAAUGGGGUCGUAUUCCUUGAUGAAGACAAGCGCGGGUUUCGUAGACAUAAAACGCCACUCUUGAUGGCAAUCGAGACGAAGAAUCAACUCCUAGUCCAAUUCCUUAUAGAUCGCGGCGCCCAAGUCAAUAAAAAAGCUACUCGAGGAAUUAAAAGAACACCUAUUCAAGCUGCUGCGGAGCAAGGUAGCCUUGAUAUGGUAAAACUACUUAUUCAAAAGGGUGCAGACGCCAACGACGAACCAGCAACUUUCGACGGUGGAACGGCGUUACAAUACGCAGCUAUGAGCGGGAAUUGCAACAUCGCCGCUCUAUUGCUGGAUUACUUCGCAGAAAUAUCUGCUCCUCCGUCCCUAUGUGGUGGACGGUGGCCCAUCGAAGCGGCAGCCGAAUAUGGUCGACUUGACAUGAUUCAAUUCCUCUGGAAUGCGAGCGGCGGGGUUGGUUUCCCGGCGGAGCAAUGCCGCGAAGCGAUACGGCUUGCGAAGGAAAAUAGCCACGGCGCAUGCACUGAUUUGAUACGGGAACUGGCUGUUUCGAAUGGAAUCUUACUUACACUCGAAGAAUCUGAGGAUGGUGAUCAUGACGAGGAGGAGGACGACGACGACGACGACGAGGACGACGACGACGACGACGACGACGACGACGACUCUGACGACGACGACUCUGACGACUACGACAGCUAUGACGACGAAUUGGAAGAAGGUGUUUGAUGACUAAUGUCAAAAGGGCAUAAAAUAUUUACCCAAUAAUAAUCAUUAAAUUAAGAUCACCUAGAUCGUAUCUAUGGCGUAUAGGACAUUUGGGGUACCGGCUGACAUAAAAGGUGUUCUGCGAAAAUAAAGUCUGUAACAGUAUCGUCACUCGUUAUCUUGGUCUCGUGCUCUCGUUUUAUUGGGUGACUAUUACGUUG